AACCACGUGUUGCGCACCACCGUGCAUUAAACCGCCAACUGAUUUGAACCUAUCAAAGCACGCCGUCCGUUACUAUGGUAAUGCGAAAGUCAAGGCUUUUUGUUUAUUUAUCGAUCAAAUGAAGCGCUGGAAUGAAGUUUCCGACGGGAAAAAGCAGUACAACAACCCUUAGCCAUCCCGUCCGAAAGGUUUUUCCAGUGCAUCGGAAUUCACCGUUACAGAAAGGUCGUCAUCAUUAAAUUUGCAGAGGAAUUUUUUAAUUUCUUCAAGUAUUUAAAGUGCUAGGUGAACUGAUACUGCAUUCCGAGAUGACGUACCGUAGUCAUAACGUGGGACCGUCGCGUGCAUUCGAUCAUAUCUACGACCCGCUGUACGUAGCCUCGGACCGGAAGGACGUCUGCCGGGCGAAUCAUGCAGCACUCGCAAAAUCGGCACCGAUUGGCAUAUUUCCCGUGUACCAGUCGAUGUUUAGUGAGCUGCCACGGUUGACGCGAAACCAUUAUGUGAUGCAUCGCAAUCCGCUGCCCUACUAUCCGGAGCUGCAGGUAAAUCCGAUCCGGUCGUACGGUUACCAGCAACAUCCGGACUUGUCGAAAGUACUCGGGGCCGAACGUGCAAAGUUCUUCUGCCACCCGAACGCGGGUGAAACGGGAUGCAAUGUACGGUACGCUCCGGAUUAUGUGCCCGGUCCGGCAGAAGGAACGGACGAGUACUGUGCGUGCGAUGAUGAGUAUGAGGAUGGACCCGACGGUCAACAGCAGCCUCGUUUCCGGGAGGUUGCCUCACAGACGGUGUAUCGGGAAUCGUCCGCCCAGACACAGCCCUGGAUGCCGACGGCCGUGCUAAAGGAGAACGCAAUGCCAGCGGCGGAGAUUGUGUACGUGGCCGAGAUGUUACAACAUACGCGCUUUCCGGGUGUAAAUGAGGUGGAAAUAGUGGAACGGGCACGCCGGAAACGAACCUGGGAGUAUGCCCUCGGCAGCUGUGACUCGCUAGAUGAAUGGCGUCAGCAGAAGCUGGUACUGCAGAUAUUCGAAUGGGAGGAAUGGGUUGCCCGGGAGCGUCAGAUCGAUCGGUACCAGAUGUUACGCCUGCAGCUGGUAGCCAAAAUAAUGGAGAAACGUGAACGAGACACACACCAGGCAACGGAAGGUAAGAUGGAAAACACCAAGCGUCGCAUUAAUCAGGUUAGAAAUCAGGCAAUGCAAAAGUUGGAAGCAACUUUCGAACGUAACUUGCGGAAGUUGGAGCGAAAGCGACAUGCAAUGAGUGUACGGUACGGUGGCAAGAACCGUGGACAGGAUGCAGUCGAGUCGCUGGCACUGGAAGCGUUGGCUGGAGCGAGGAAAAAGUACUCGAAACAAUCGUACGAUUAUGAUCCAAAUCUUAUUGAAGUGGGAUUGGCCAAGCUGGAUAAGAAAACAGCAGUGCCGCAGAAAUUCGUGAACCCGCGCGACCAACGUCCGGAGCUUUGGAAACCCAAGGAGGUUUGCCGUGAGUUCCAGAAAGGUUUCUGGUCUGACAAUUUCCUGCGUAAACUUUAUGAAUCGUUGAAGCAAUUCCGCAAUCGCAAAGAUAGUGAGCGUACGAUCCCACAAUGUCUGAUCGUUGUUUCAUCUCCAACGGAAAGUGUCGUCGUUUCACCCAUCGCCCCAUCACCGGAGAAAGAAAACGACAACUUGUACCAGCAAGCGGUUCUGUUGCAGAAGCUGAUUAAGGGUAGAGCGACCCAAGAGAUGAUUCAUCGUGAUUACGCCAGUGAGCAUGAUCUGAUGGAUGAUUUGAUAGCGUCGCAUCGGUUGCCGGUUGUGGAGGAAUUCUUUCCGGUAGACAGCCAGCAUCUGACAGGCACGGAGAGGGGUGGAGGCAGUGUUCGAGAGCGUUAUCUGCAAAUUCUAAAGAACGAGCAACUGUUGGACGAGUUUAUUGAGAGUAGUACACACGCACAGAUGAGUUCGUUGAUGAGUACACUCGAACGGGAGCUAACACGGCUUCAAAACGAGCGUAAUACGCAGGCCUUCUAUCUGCUAGCGGAAAGGGAGCGUCAUUUGCGGGAGUCGUCUGAACACGAAAAUCUUCCUCCGAAUGCAGAUCGCAAGCAACAGCUCAGCGGCGAUGAGAUGGCCAUAUACUUAGAAAACGCCUUGUUGGAACAGGCGGAUAAUGUGGAUGAGAUGCGUGAAAAGAUUCACCAUAUGGCGCGUAAAUUUGACGAGGAAGCUGAUCGUCGUAGUGAUGGCAGCUCACUAUUGAUGACCGGCGAGGAUAUCAUGACUGGAAACCGCGAGGCACUCGGCAGCAUCGUAGGAUCACUCGCUGAUGAGAUGCUUCUGCCGGAUCUGUUCCGUCGAGCGGCAAGAGAAAACAUUAAAUUCAAACAACGAACCGUAUUGGCUAAUGUGCACGAAUUGAUCUACAACCGGAAGGACGACGAGGGAACGAAUGAGAAGGAUAACGAUGAAAGAAAGCCGAAACCGGUUCAGGGAGAGCAGGAACGUUUGCCAGAAGAAAGACGAGUGGUAAAUGGGUUGCUCGAUGGUAUUAUCGAUAGAGCCGUAUUGCAGCCACCGGUCGUUGAUUCCGCGUACUCGGAGAAUGAAGUUGAGGAACUGCCGGAAGAUGAAGAGGAGAUGGCUGAAAGCGAUUUUUCGGCGCUUGACUACGAAGGAUUAGCGGAGGGUGAAGAUGUCCAGGAGGAGGAAGAAGAAAUUUCUCGAAUGGCGAAUGAGCUGAUCGACGACAUACUGAGCCAUGUACUGGAUGUAUCGGAGUGAAAUGAUCGAUAGGUCAAUUUCAAGGCCGGGAACAUCACGAAUGAAAUAUGAAUUUAGAUCUCUACCGGUUGAUGAUUAAUUUCGUACAUGUGCACCAGAUACGAAAUGUUUAUAAAUUGUGAGUAGGUAUGCACAAACAAAUGUAUUUUUUAAGAAUUAAUCACAAAUGGCGAUAAUCAUUGCCAUAUCCUUCAUUGCAUGAUAAGCUUGGUCGAAACGCCUAUGUGCAGUGGAACGCUCAAUUACAAUUUGUCUCACAAUGAAGCUGUACUCAUAUUGAUCUUUUGGAUGCUGUCUGAUCAUGGAAAGGCAUGCAAUAGUACAAUAACUUUAGUGUGUUGCACAUUAUUUCUCAACUCUCAAGCACUCAACAAUAGUUUUCUUCUCGGCAUACGAUUAGUUGCAAAACUAUCCUUCGGAAUAUUAAGCUUUUUAGAAUGUUCUACAAUAUUUCUACCUAUAUCAAAAACUAAAAGAAUAGUUUGAAUAAAAAGAAUCGAUUUGAUUAAAUAAAGAGCAUUUAGAGUGAAAGUAAUUUACGGUUAUAAAAAGAGAAAAAAUAACGGAAAUAUUAUAUUUAGAACAACAUUUACAAAAAUUUCCCACUGUGCGACAGUAGUUCGUGUGACUGCUCAAAAGAUGGCGCUACUGUAUUUCUGCAUAAAUUCCCAGGCGACGAAACUAUUGACGCUUUAGUACAAAUAAAUGCU